AACGUUAUCAAAAAUGCAUUUCUGGCGUGAUACUAAUUGAAAGAAUAGUACCAUUAAAUAUAAGUAUAGAUUAUAUGAACUUUCAUACAUAUUGUACUAGGUUGUGAAGAGUGGAAUAUCUAUACGGUUAUAGAGUAUCAACAUAUAGUUGAUAAUAUUAAAAGAAUACCGGAAUUUAUAACGUAUUUAAUCAUAUGUUUCAAUGAUAAAAAUGCCACCUGAAAUGUCUACUAUAAGUGCGCCAACUUCGUCGAUGCCUAUAAUGCCUGCUAAUACCACGCACUGCACUUCGCAGCAAUCGUCGCGAUCCCGUUUCAUGAUAACAGACAUUUUAGCCGGAAGUGCGGCCGCAGCUGCUUUCCAAAACGAAAACACAAUUGGUAACCUAAACAAAAACUCUUCUCCGCAUCAAAGUCUCAAGAUCAACGAAACGACUAUGCUGCAGCAAUAUGAGACACAACAAAAUCAGUAUUUGUUUCAACAACACCAGUCAUACUUGCCAAGUUCCAUGUUGGGCCAGCAAUUUUUAACGCAUUCUUCACGACUCGAUCACAAAUUGGCUACUUCAAACGGUCAAGGUAACCAUGGCACAGCUUUUGCAACAAGAGAUGUUAUGUCUCACCUUCAUGCUAACAUGGAAAAUACCACAAGUGCGUCACUAUCAAAAAGCUAUUCAUCUUUAUACCAGGUGCAACAAAAUCUGAAUAACUUUAGUAAAGACAUCGUUGAUAAGGUGGGUGAAGAUGCUGUUUGUUGCGGAAUAUAUCAAGAUGAUCUAUCCCAAUCGCCGUUGCCCGCUUCGCAAAUCGCAGCAAUAGAUUUUAGAGCUCAGGAUAAUGUUGGGAAAACCUUUGGCGCCAGUAAUUUUAUUGAUAGCAGUAUAAGUGGAGAUAAAAUAAGCACCGCGGACGAUAGUGACAGUGACACCUGUGGUGAAAAAGAUGAAGAUGCUUACAGUAGCAAAAGUGAGGGUUUAAUGAGUCUGUCAAAGAAACAACGAAAAGCGCGCACAGCAUUUACGGACCAUCAAUUGCAGACUUUGGAAAAGUCAUUCGAAAGGCAAAAGUAUUUAAGUGUGCAGGACCGAAUGGAGUUAGCCAACAAACUGGAGUUGAGUGAUUGCCAAGUGAAGACAUGGUACCAAAAUCGCAGAACAAAAUGGAAACGUCAAACUGCUGUUGGGUUGGAAUUACUGGCAGAAGCCGGAAAUUACGCGGCUUUUCAGCGUCUCUACGGAAACUCUCCUUAUCUUAGCACAUGGCCGUAUGCAGUGCAGCCAGCUCAUGGCACGCCUUCCAGCACUAUAGAUUUGUUUUUCCGCCAAGCUGCUGCUGCUGCCGUGCUCCAAAAGCCAGUCUCUUAUCGAAUGUACCCCAACGUACCACCAAUAAAUGGCUUAUCAACACUUCCUGCGCCGCCUUCACCAUUUGUACAUUUUAGCGCCUCCAAUUCACUUAAUAACUAUUAUCAUGCAACUACCGUUAUGCAGAAUCCCUCGAAAAUGAAUAAUAUUUCAUUGGCAGAUAUAUCCUUCCCACAGCUAAAUGCGGAUGAGAUGGGUUGCAAAAAUACCGGCAUCGGCGAUCUCUCAGUUAGACUACCUUUGGAUUCGGGAAAUUCUUCGGAACAGGAAAGGAACGUGAAAGUACCUGAAUUAAUUGAUGACGAUAACGACAUUGAUGAAGAUGACAUUGAAGUGUGAAGUACUUGAAAAAUGCGCACUGAAGCUAGUGCCAAGGCAGUCCGCUUAGGUGUGUGGCAAAAGAUGUAGGCAGCCCAGCGCAGCUUCGGCGCAGCUUGCAGUUUAAGGUAAGAUGCCGCUCGUGCCUCGUUGAGAACUCAUAACGCUAUUGUUGGACUGUUGCAGAGUAGACCAGAUCAUAAGACUUAAAGGAUUUCGUGUGCUGUUGGUAUCUUACUGCUGUCCAUAUUUGGGUGUCGAGUUCACACAUACGUACAUGUGUACAUACGCUUGUAUGAGUAUUUUUUUUUUUUCAGAA